AUGUAUUUUUCAAAUAAUUCAAGUUUAUUCAUUGUGAUCUCUGCACUUUUUGUGAUUUUUUCACAAUUCAUAAUCACUUCUUAUUCGGCUCCAUUUUCUUCUCAUCUUCAAAAACGUGCCUUUUUAGGUAAUGCUACAUAUUACGAACCAGGUUUAGGUGCAUGUGGUGUAUUUUCAUCAAGGUUUGACCUGAUAGUAGCGGUUAACGCUGCUCAAUUUGGUAACACGCCAAAUCUUAACCAAAAUCCAAUAUGUGGUAAAAGAGUUAUUAUAAACGGUCCAAAAGGAACCGUUACUUGUCGAGUUGUAGAUAGAUGUCCUGGAUGUUCUUUUGGUGAUUUGGACUUGUCUCCGACCGCUUUCGAAAAAAUUGCCAACCUAGAUCAGGGUAGAGUUCAGAUCACUUGGGAUUUUAUUAAUUGA